CAUAGCAAUGAGUUAAUAAAUUGCUAAGCUGCGUGAAAAGAGCCAAAACAGACAAUUGUUAAAUGUGACGUAAGAAGAAACAAGUUUCAAACAAACAAAAAUUGAAUAAAAACAUACAAUUACAAAAAUUUAAUUAAUUAAAUAUGUUAGCGAGCACGCACAACACGCAGGUCGCAGACAAAUGCGAAUAUGGUAUGUAGAAAUGGCAAAAAAUGCUUGUGGUGUAUUUUUGUGUCAAUAAGUGUAAUAAAUUCGCGUAAAAUAAUAAUUAUUUUUAUAAUCGGAAAUGAGAGUAAUAAUGUUUGCAUACUUAAUUUCGUAUGCAGUCGCUGUGGGUCAAGCGAAACUAUUGCGACUCGAGAAAACAUUGACUGGCGCGCUUGUGUUGACUGCAGACGCUAUCGGAGGUGCUGCUACGUGGAAUUUGCAAGCAUGCGAUUGAGCAGCAAAUGCCGGCAAUACGCUGAAAAGAUUCGCGGUUUUUACCUUUCGCAGUUGAUUUUUGCCUAUUGCGAAGUGCGGCCGAAACCGUUUUUUUUGUUGUGAGAACGUGCGGGUUUAUAAUAAAAUCAAUAUAAAUUAUUUAAAAAAAAUAAAGAAAUUAAAAUAAGCAAAAAUGUUAACAGAAUUCGCGGGCAAUUUGGCACAUCACCUGGAAUUCGGUCAUGCCUUGGAGAUUGUGGCGAAGACCAUAGACAGCGCCUCAAGAUUUCAAAUCAGUUUGUCGACGGCCAAAUCGGUGAUAGAUCCGAAUGCCGACAUCGGUUUGCGCUUCGCUUGCUACUUUCGCAAGGAUAUAAUUGUGCGUAAUGCACGUAUCGGUGGCGUAUGGGGUCCGGAGGAGAUACAUGACAUUGAAGGUCAUUCAUUGCAGAAUCCCAUUGAGUCGGGAGAGUUUUUCGUAAUUUACAUACUCGCUUGUGAGGAGAAAUUUCACAUAGCGAUCAACAAUCGACCCUUUUGCACAUUCAGAUAUCGCAUGCCACUCCAAUCGCUGCGCAGCAUCGAAAUAAGCGAGCAAAUACAGGUGAUUAAGCAGGUGGAUCAUCGCGCUGUCUUCCCCUAUCCCUGGCCAGCAAUACAAUCGUCUGAUUUUGGCAAAGCUUUCAGCAAUGAUUCGCCGAUAAUGUUCAGCCCCGGGCAUUUGAUUGUGAUAACCGCGCGUUGUUUCGAUAAUAAGAAGGGACAAUUUAUAAUUAAGUUUUUGGAUAGCGACACGAAACGUGAGGAGCUGCAUUUCAGUGUGCGUUUCGAUCAGAAAGCUGUGGUGCGCAAUUCAAUGAAUAAGGCCUUUGAAUUUGGACAGGAGGAGCGCCAUGGCGGUUUUCCAUUUGUCUUUAAUCAGCAAUUCAAGCUUGCCAUCGCCUUUACGGAGCGCGAAUUCCUCACCGCCGUGGACGGCUAUAACUUCUGCAGCUAUGCCUAUCGCACAACAAAUGUAUUUCAAAAUCUUGUCGGCUUUAAGGUGACAUGCAUAAAUGGCUUACAUAUGCAUGUGACGGGUGUGGACCACUUGCAAAUGGGUGACCCCUCUUGCACGGGUUUCGAAAAGUAUUCAAAGCACGACUACGAAUGUGCUUAGUACCAACCUUUCCGUAAACCAAAUUUUCUUGUCUCACACAUUGAAUAUAAGUAUAAAUAUUUUUUGUACAAAACUAUAAGUUAUGCCUAGUAUUUCAAAUACGAAAUAAAAUCGCCUACGAAUAAUACA